AUGGAUGCCGAUAGCUCAACCUCGUCUCGAAGCAAAUCUUCCUCGCAUGGUAGGUUCCUGAUUUGUUCCCGUGGUGAGAGGCCGGUGCUCCGAACCUCAGGGACGAAAGAGAACCCUGGUCGCAGAUUCUGGGGCUGUGCUUACUAUGAGGUGCAUGAAGGCUGCAAUUUCUUUCGUUGGGCAGAGCCAGAGAGAGAGGUGGAAAACCCAAAAAUUGCAAGAAUGAGGAGGAAGGUUGCCUCACUGAAAUCAAGAACGAGAGCGGCAAAGUGGAAGUUAAUGGUCGUUACUGUGUUAGGAAUUUUUGGGUGGGUUGGGUUCCUGUAUUUGCUGCUGCAGAAUUUAUCUAUGUCUAGGAACAACUGUGUAAUUCCAUUGAACCUUGUGUGA